GAAAUCAACCGAGAGUACAGAUAAUCUAGAUAACUAUAUUGUCUCACUUGAAUUUAAAUUUGCCGAUUUAUAGUUUCUGGCUUUCUGCUCUGGUAUAUCAUGGCUAAUAAUACCUUGUUUUCCUUCUCACCAUUUUGUUCUGAUGGAAUCCAAGGCGGUUAUGGUCCUCUUGAAGACUUCGAGAAUGAGGAAGCAGUAUUCAAAGAGAAACAAGUCGACCAUUUGUCUGAAAUAAAAGCAGGAGAGACGACCAAUCCUAUCUCUGCUGAAUAUAGAGUUAAGAAAGGAGCGCAUUUGUUGGAAGAUCAACUACAGCAAAUCCAACCCACAGUUUCAGAUGCUGUUGAACACGAUAAACAAAUCCCACAUCCAUCGUCGUUAGCUUCUUUAGAGCUCCUAAGAAAUUAUGGAAGUGGGUUCAAGAAGCUGAAGGGGGAAAUAUUAAACGACGUAAGUACUGAAACUAAUGUUGUCAGCCACAAAUUUUCAACCGAAGAAAUCAUAAGGUUGGCGGCAGCUAGGUUCGUAGUAUUCCUUGCCCAAAUGUAUGAUGAUCAUUAUAACAACAUGCCUAUGCACCCUUUUGGAUUUGCUCUCUCGGAUACUCUGUCCGAGGAUGAAAUGAGAAACGUGGAACUUGUACACUAUCUUUUAGCUGCGGCUGAGAAGGUAGGCUACCAACAAUAUGAUCGUGCAACCAGACUGCUUUUACGUUUUAAAUGGGUUUCGUCUCCCGCAGGUAAUCCGGUCGAGAGAGUUGUUUUUCAUUUUGCUGAAGCGCUUCAAGAGAGAAUUGAAAAAGAAUCAGGUAGGGCGGCAAUAAUGAAGGGAGUAAUCGAGGCAAAUGAUGAUGAAAUCCUUCGGGGGUCGAGUACUAAUUCUUCAUUCCUUACAGUUUACCAACAACUUCCUUUUUCUCAAAUAUUGCAAUUCACAGGAAUCCAAGCCAUAGUUGAAAACGUUGCCUUGGAGCGCAAGGUCCAUUUGAUAGAUAUGGGAAUCAGGUCUGGAGUGCAGUGGGCGCUCUUGAUGCAGGCUCUUGCAGAGCGCCAACAGGAUUGCCGGCACCCCAUCGAGCUUCUUAAGAUAACGGCGGUCGGAUCAACGGCCAUAGAGGAGACAGGUAAGAGGCUAACGGCUGUUGCAGAGUCCUUGGACUUGCCAUUUUCGUUUAAGGCAGUUGUACUAUUAGACAUGAAAGAUAUCAAGGAAGAAUUAUUUGAAACUGAAGAUGAUGAAGCCGUGAUAAUUUAUGCUUCAUUAACACUGAGGGCAAUGAUCUCAAGGCCUAAUUGCUUAGAAAACUUGAUGAGAGUGAUCGGAAAUCUCAACCCAUCUUUAUUGGUUGUCACUGAAGUCGAAGCAAACCAUAAUUCACCCUCAUUUGUGGAUCGCUUCAUUGAGGCUCUAUUCUUUUAUGGUGCAUAUUUUGAGAGCCUUGAGAUUUGCAUGAAGCAGCAUGAUGAGGAUAGGAUGAGAAUGGAAACAUUUUUGGGUUGUUUGAUCCGAAACGUUUUAGUGGAGGAGGGCACAGAAAGGACUGUCCGAAACGUGACGUUGGAUGUUUGGAGGGCAUUCUUCGCAAGGUUUGGAAUGGUGGAAAUAGGGUUUAGUGAGGCAUCCUUAUUACAAGCUAGUUUGUUUGUCAAACAGUUUGCUUGUAGGAGCUCUUGUACACUUGAUAAGAACGGGAAAUGUCUAAUUGUUGGGUGGAAGGGAACCCCAAUUCAUUCCCUUUCACUUUGGAAGUUCCCUUUACCUUGAGAGAGGGUGGAAGGGAACC